AUCACAAACCAUCUGUUCACUAAGUCCUCCAUGACCGUUGUCUCCCGCCACCGACAUUGUCGUCCUCCAUGCUCAACAACCACACCCUAUCGAUCACAGUCUCGGACGAAGAGUCCGACGACCGGUCUCGGCUCCUCCGGGCUCUGCGAAAGCGCCGGAAACAGCAAUCCCUAAGCUUUCGUGGCAAGACGAAGAGCGAGCUCCUCCUCAGGGUGCUUAGGAAAGUGCUCAGAUGGUGGGCCCUCAUUCUGUUCGUUCCCGCCAUCGGGUUGCUCCUCUUAGAGGUGUCGAGGAUUUUGGGGAAAGAUCCGAGUCCGGACCCGGAUUCGGCGCCGAAAUCGGUAUAUGGGUUCGGGCGGAAGGGUUCGGUCGGGAACUUGGACCGGUCGGACCCGAGGACGCGUGUGGUUCGCGGAGUCAGAGAACGUUGCUUAAAGAUUUUGCCACCAGAAGAGCUUGAACAUCUGGAAAUUCCUUCGGUUGAAACUCCAAGUUUUCCUGUUAAUAGAGUUGUGUAUAUAUCAGAGACUGACGGAGCUGACAUUCAUAGCAACAUCAACCUCCUACAGCAGCAUACUAAUGCUACCAGAUUUAAUUUGUUUACCGGAUACCAAACAAUUCAAGAGAGAGAGGAGAGUUAUAAGGUGAACCAAACUGCUGUGGUGCAUUGUGGAUUCUACAGUGAAAAUGGGGGGUUUAAGAUUUCUGACGAGGACAAGAGGUACAUGCAAAGUUGUGAAGUUGUGGUGUCGACUUGUGCAUUUGGUGGUGGAGAUGAUCUAUAUCAACCCAUCAGCAUGUCGGAGUCAUCACUUAAAAAGGUUUGCUAUGUGGCAUUUUGGGAUGAAAUUACUCUCAGAACUCAGGAAUCAGAUGGGCAUAGGAUUGGUGAGGACCAUAUGAUUGGUAAAUGGCGAAUUGUGGUUGUUAGGCAGCUCCCAUUUGUGGACCAACGGUUGAAUGGUAAAAUCCCAAAGAUGUUAGGGCAUCGGUUAUUUCCUCAAGCUAGGUAUUCAAUUUGGGUGGAUUCAAAGUCUCAAUUUCGGAGAGAUCCCUUGGGUGUCUUGGAAGCACUUCUUUGGCGUACGAAUUCUGUUCUAGCGAUUUCAGAACAUGGAGCUCGCAGUAGCAUCUAUGAUGAGGGCAAGGCUGUUGUCAAGAAACACAAAGCCACCCCAGAAGAAGUUGAGAUGCAGCUGACUCAGUACCGCCACAUUGGUUUUCCUGAUGAGAAGAGGUUCAAUGGAAAGAAAGCUUUAGCUGAAGCUUCUGUUAUUGUGAGGGAGCACACGCCCGUGACAGAUCUUUUCAUGUGCCUCUGGUUUAAUGAGGUGGUUCGUUUUACUUCACGCGACCAACUCAGCUUCCCAUAUGUGCUGUGGCAGCUGAGAGUGCUGAAGGAUGUAAAUAUGUUCCCUGUCUGCACUCGUAAGGAUCUUGUGAAUAGUAUGGGCCAUAUUCGCAAGGCUAGAUCUCACAUAAAUUGACCUGUUGAUAAUGUUAAUUCUUUGAUUUUCCUUUGUUCAAGUAGGUUCUACAUUUUGAUUAAUUUGUUGAUAAUUUAAAUACAUGUAUCUUCAAUACAUGAAUUUUCUGGAUGAGUUAUUUUUGUUUUCUAAGAUUACUACUUCCUUAAUGAAAUAAAUUUUUACCAGAAAA